CCAGUUUCAUACUUACUACCUGGACAUCAUCAGAAUGAAUGGUGAAGGUUUAACUCCAUCAGAGGCCGAAGAAUUAACAGAAGCGUUUCACCUAUUUGAUAAAGACGGGAAUGGUAAGAUCUGUACAACAGAACUGAGUAAGGUCCUUCGAGUUCUUGGAUUGAACCCGACAGAGAAAUCUAUACAAGAAAUGAUGGAAAAGUUUGACAGCAAUGAAUCAGGAUAUAUUGAGUAUGAAGAGUAUAUAAAAUGUAUCCAGGGUUUUAUGUUGAGUGCAGACGAGAUAGAGGUACAGCUGAAACAGGCCUUCCUGGUGUUUGAUAAGAAUAAGGACAGCCGACUGGAUAUUGAAGAGUUACGUAGGGUGCUGAUGUCUAUGGGAGAACCAUUAGGCUAUAAGGAAACCUGUGAAAUACUCAAGUUAGCAGAUGUAGAUAAAGAUGGGAAAUUAAACGUCGAUGAAUUUACCAAGUUUCUGUGUAAGAAGAUUUAAGAUUGAGAGGAUGAAGAAUUCACUAGUGCUAUUCAGUGUUAAUACAACCAAACCGGGAAGUCAUGUGAAGAUUAUAAUGUAGUAUUAGAUUGGAUAUGAAAUGUAGUUAGAGACGUAGGAGCUUGAAGUUUGGAAAGCAUCUGCUCAUCUCUUCCAAAACGAAUAAAAAAUAUUAUUGUCCAUCGCUCCAUUUCUUCUAUUGUUUGCUUGCUUGUUUGUGUGUGAAUCUACCUAUCUGCAUAGUUAGGGAAAGAGUGCUGAUACCAUCAAUUCCACUCCCCUUACUCUGAUAUCAAACGAUCUAUUAUUGGCGACGAAUUCACUAUGAUAAAACGGUUGUGUAAUCGAGGUUAUUUGCUGUUUAUCAUUUUUUGAAUUAAAUUGUGGUUUUAAUCUCUAUUAUCAAAUAAAUAAAAUAUUUACAAUUUGAA